UGAUUUAUUGCAUUUUUUAGGUAUUGAUUUAUGGCGUCUGAGUUAGAAGCAUAUGUUGGUCGAAUGGUAAAUGUUAUAACAUCAGAUGGAAGAACUAUUGUGGGUACAUUAAAAGGAUUUGAUAAUGUCGUCAAUCUUGUUAUCAAAGAUAGUCAUGAAAGAGUUUUCAGUCCAACUGAAGGUGUUGAGCAAGUUCCAUUGGGUUUAUUUAUUAUUCGAGGACAGAAUGUGGCUGUAGUCGGAGAACUUGAUGAAGAUCUAGACAGGCGAAUUGAUUUUUCACAACUGCGUGCUGAACCUCUUAAUCCUGUUGUACAUUAAUUGUCUAUAUAUAAAAAAAUAGAUUGCUUUUAUUUGUAGU